AAAUUCUCUUCGUCCUGCCAUGAUGCACGCUUCCACAGGACUCCGCGCACUCCGCCGCACCCUGACACAGACCCGCUCCCCCGUGCGCAUGUACCACGAGAACAUCAUCGACCACUACGAGAACCCGCGCAACGUUGGGUCCUUGGACAAGAAAUCCUCCACAGUCGGCACUGGCCUUGUUGGCGCCCCGGCAUGUGGCGACGUGAUGAAGUUGCAGAUCGAAGUGGACGAACAUGGCACAAUCAUUGACUCCAAGUUCAAGACGUUUGGAUGUGGCUCUGCGAUUGCCAGCAGCUCCGUCGCCACCGAGUGGUUGAAGGGAAAGAACGUGGACGAUUGCUUGAGCAUCAAGAACACAGAUAUUGCAAGCCAUUUGAAAUUGCCGCCCGUGAAACUUCACUGCAGCAUGCUCGCGGAAGACGCGAUCAAAGCCGCUGUCCAAGACUACAAGGACAAGCAAAAGGUUGCAAUGAAUGCCUAAAUGUGUUAAUAUAAAUAUAGCCCGAUAACGUUGAUCACUCUCCACCAGAAUACCCAUCUGUGCUUCCCUUACGUUAGCGCUUGAUCUCCUUGAGGAC